AUGACUGAAACUCCUCCACUGAACAUUCCAUUCUCAAACCAGAGUGAAAAUCAGAGCAACUCAACUAUUUGCCCAGACUUGCACGACUGGUGGGAAAUGGUGUAUUACGUAGUACCCAAGUAUAUUGAUGCUGUCUGCAUUAUUGGAGUGCUUGGAAAUAUAUUUGUUCUCUUCACUUAUUUCCUGCACAAGAGCCCCCUGAAGAUAGCUGAAAUCUACCUUAUCAACCUAGCUGUUGCUGACCUUAUCUUCCUCACGUGCCUCCCUUUCUGGGCAGAGAAUAUCAGGAAUGAAUUUAACUGGCCCUUUGGGAGUUUCCUUUGCCGCAGCACCAGUGCCUCCAUCAGUCUGAACAUGUACACCAGCAUCUACCUGCUCGUGGCAGUCAGCCUGGAUCGCUAUCUGACUUUUGUCCAUACCUUGAACCACCAAAUGAUACGGAGCAAAACUAUGGCCAAAGGGAUCUGCUUCCUCACCUGGUUCUUUGGCAUCCUUCUCAGUGUCCCAACUUUUACGUUUCGGACUGUGAAACACUUUCCUAUGUGGAAUAUCUCAGCAUGCACUUUAGACUUCCCCACCCCCUUGUGGGUAAGAGCUGAAAGCCUGGUGUUGAACAUCAUGGGCUUUGCCUUGCCAUCUGCAGCAAUCAUCUUCCUUAAUUUCUCCACCAUCCGCUCCUUACGAGAAAAAGCAAGAGAAGGAAGAGCACUCAGAACAAAAUGCUGCAAGGAGCAAAAGGGAGUAAAGGCUACCAGGCUGAUCUUCACAGUGGUACUCAUGUUUCUUUUGUGCUGGACUCCAUACCAUUUCUUCAUAUUCCUUGAUAUAUUAUAUGAGACAGAAGUGAUCAAAGGCUGCUUCUGGGGGGAACUGCUCAACUUUGGUGAGCAGUUUGGUUACACUCUGGCCACCACCAACAGCUGCAUUAACCCUGUGAUUUAUGUCUUUGUUGGGAAAUACUUCAGGCAAAAGGCUUUAGAAGUUUUUUCACAGUUUAUUCCCUGUGGGUUUCCUUUGAGCUGGGUAUCAUUCAAGGAAAAGUCUUCAUAUUUCAACAUGUUUCCAGCCAGAAGUAGUUCAACCUAAUGGUUGUUAGUUCUGUCCUCAUGUGGAUAUUACA